GCGAAAAUGGCACUUCCUCCAACAAUCCCCUCCAGGGAUAAGUCGAAAAAUAGCCAUGAGCGAGAGGAAGCUUUCUUUGCAGAAAGUCAUGUCUUUUGUUGAAAGCUUCGACGAAAGUGGGGUGGUCAACAUGGAUGAUCUAGAUCGAGAGCAGUUGUUGAUGUUAAAAUCAACAUUUGAUGCUUUCGAUGUGGAGAAGAAAGGGUUCAUCAGUACGGAAAUGAUUGGAACCAUCUUGGAUAUGUUGGGUACACAACUCAUAGGAAACGAACUAGAGAGUGUGAUUUGUGAGAUAGAUGAAGACGGCAACGGAGAAGUUAAUUUUGAGGAAUUUGCCAAUUUGGCAGCCAGGUUUUUGGUUGAAGAUGAUGAAGAUACCGACGCUAUUCAAACAGAACUGAAAGGAGCUUUCAGGCUCUAUGACAGGGAAGGUAAUGGUUUCAUAACAAUUGAAGUCCUCAGAGAAAUUCUAAGGGAACUUGAUGAAAAUUUAAGUGAAACUGAUCUGGAUAAUAUGAUUGAAGAGAUUGAUACUGAUGGAUCUGGAACCGUUGAUUGGGAAGAAUUUAAAGCUGUCAUGAUUGGUUAAAUCAAUAUAAUACAGAGGACUCAUUUUUCUCCAAUAUUUAACUUUAUAUUAUAUAUUAUGAUAAUAUUAGUCGCUUCUUAAUGUGAUAAUAAAUGAUUUUUUAUAAACAAA